AUGAUGAAAAUCUCCCCCGGUUCGCUAACAGGCCAAUCAUCGGCAGCGCAGAGAUUAAUCCAUCUCCAGCUGUUUGCGCUGUUUGCGGCAUUUGCGCUGUUUGGUUUCAUUUCGCAUCAAAAAAAUGUAGAGGGCAAUUUUCUGACGCAGGCUACAGCGUCGACACGUUGGCUUUUCUGUGACGCUUCUUUUGUCCUGUUCACCGACUAUACCCCUCCACCCCUCACUCCAUAUUCUACCGUCACAAUGGUCGACGCUCCCGAGAGCCCGAGGCCCCAGGAACAAACUCCCCAAAAGAAUGUCUACCAGAAUGGGGUGAGAACCACAGGCCGGGCCUUCCACUCUCCCAACUGGCGUGUGAAGCGCGAAGAGAGCCCUAGUGGGCAGAACGCCGCUGCCGGAUCCCCCGGUCCCAAGACAAGCACCUCGAGACUCGCAUUCAGCAGACCCAGCCCGCAUGUGCCCCAGGCUAUUUCGGAGGGUCGCCGUCUCUAUGUGGGCAACAUGCCCUACACGGCCAAGUCGGAGGAUGUGCAGGCUCUCUUCGAUGCGGCUGAGUUCCGAAUCGAGCGUAUCGACAUCGCCAUCGAUCCUUUCACCGGCCGUAACCCCUCAUACUGUUUCGUCGAUCUGGAGACCAAGGAGCUGGCUGAGCGCGCCAUGACGGAAUUGGACGGUCGGGACAUGCUUGGUCGUCCCGUCAAGAUCAAGCCCGGUGUCGUGAAGACCCAGAGUGAACGGGCUCAGCAACAGCAGCAACAGCAGCAGCGCUCCGAUGCCUCCCCUCGUGAGACGCGGUCUUCUCCGUUCAGCAUGGACCGUUGGCGCCGCGGUGACGAGGCCCAGCCCCCGCGCACUCCCUCGAAGACCACUACCACCACCACCGCCAGCACCCCCUCAAACAGUGAUCCCAGCCGUCGCCUCUAUGUUGGCGGCCUGCCGAGGUUGACGGACCAGGAGGCCAUCACCAGCAACAUGACCAACUUCUUCAAGGAUUACAAUGUGUAUGGAUCAGUCUUGAGUGCGUUGAUUGUUCGGGAUAUGCUAACCUGGCUGUAUAGUGAGAAUGUCAGCAAGCUGUUCGCUCCCCACCCCGCGAAGAGGUUCGAGCCCGGUGACCACUACUACCUGUUCGUCGAUUUCAGCAGCGUCGAGGAGGCUGAGAACGCCAUGAACGCUCUGAACCGGGCGGAAGGUCCCUGGGGUGCCGUCCUCAGGGUUCAGAGAGCCCGUGGAGAGAACAACUCGCAAGAGCGGAGACCCAAGUGGUCGUCCAGCCGGGACGAAGCCACCCCGGCUGCUGAGGAGGUUGCAGUCGCUGCAUAG